GUUGUUGCUGCUGGCAGAACACAGGCCGCAGUGAUUUGGUAGCCGCUGCAGUAGGAGGAAGGACCACGGUUCUACCCCUUCUAUCUUUCAGUUUCGCCUCGAAAUUCUAUCGGUGGUUUCUUCUUGUAGUGAUUAGUAAAUUGAGUAUACAGCAACGGUGUUCUAUGAUAACUAAGUCGUAGUAUUACGAACGGACAGUGAUAUCAAUCGCCAUUUUAAUCGCACGUUUUCCCUGACAGAAGCGCUAGCACAACAAUGGCUCUGAAAAGAAUUCACAAGGAGUUGAACGACUUGGCACGGGACCCACCAGCCCAGUGUUCUGCAGGACCAGUAGGAGAUGACAUGUUUCACUGGCAAGCCACAAUAAUGGGACCUAAUGACAGUCCUUACCAGAGCGGGGUUUUCUUCUUGACCAUACACUUCCCCACAGACUACCCCUUCAAACCGCCAAAGGUUGCAUUUACCACAAGAAUCUACCACCCAAAUAUCAACAGCAACGGCAGCAUUUGUCUUGACAUCCUGCGAUCACAGUGGUCUCCGGCUCUCACCAUCUCCAAAGUCCUCCUGUCCAUCUGCUCUCUGCUCUGCGACCCAAACCCGGAUGACCCCUUAGUACCCGAGAUCGCCCGCAUCUACAAGACGGACAGGGAAAAGUACAAUAAAAUAGCUCGGGAAUGGACACAAAAGUAUGCAAUGUAGUGUUGGAGUAGAAUCAUGGCCAACCACCUCUACGACAUAAGGUUAGGGGAGCUUCAGACGUAAAGAGAAAACAAACAAAAAACCAUACAAACAAAUGAAAAGUUUAAAACAAGAUCUUGUUGGUUUCCAUUGGAGUGCUUUCUUUGAGCCACGCCUCCCCUUCACCAGAGUACCUGUAAAACUCCCUCUGCCCCAACUCCCCACAUUCUCUCUCUCUCUCUCCCCUCCUUCCUCUCUCUGUUUGGCUCUGCCUCCCUCACCUCCCCUCCCACCUCUCAGCUCACCUGCCCACCCUCAAGUGUACAUAGUGUGUCAACUUGCAAUGGUAACACCCAUCUCUCCCUACUCCUUUUUCACCAUCUCCCUCCCUUGUGACCUCUGACCCCAUCUCCUGACUUAUGUAUUCCGUUACAUUUUGUCAACAUGCAGGUUGGUCUUUUGUGCCCCCCCCCCCUUCAUUAAGGCCUGCAUCCUCAACCUUCUACCCUAUACGUUAUUCACUAAAAGCAUUCCUUUGAGCAUCUGUAAAACUUUGAGGGGACCUUUUUCCUUUAUUUCCCUUUUUUUCUUUUUUUUUUUUCUUUUUCUUUUAGGGGGGAGGGGGACAAUAAUAUGGAGGGAUUUUUACACUCUGCACCCUGUCUUGUUUUGUUGUCCUUAAUUCCCACCUGUCGAGGUGACAAUUCAAGAAUGCAGUUUUCGCACGUGAGUCGAAGGGCACUCUGUAUUUUAUACAAUAAAUACUUAAGAGAAAUCAUUGCAGGCUAUGUAAAAUGGCUUAUUUUGGUCUUCUGAUGGAUUCUAUAAAAGGACUUGAAUUAACCCCCCCCCCCCAAAAAAAAAAUAUCUUACCCAAGUUGACCCGUUUGUACACACACAUAGACACACAUGCACGCACAAGUGUAACCCCAUGUCACCCCCACCACUACCGCCACAUUUUCUUUAUUCACAAAGUGGAGGUUCUGGACCAGGUAUUUAAGCAAUUUAUUUUUCUUAGUCUAACCUGUGUUUUUACUCCCCACCCCCAUAACUCUUUAGGUUGCCCCCCCCCCGCCC